GUCAUCUUAAUGUUGACAGAUUUGAAACGCCGCAUCGUCCGUAUGUAGUGUUUCAUUGUAGGUAUCGUUAUUUGUGUUUAUUUUGUUUAACUGAAACAGUUGUAACUUAACAUUUUAAAACGUAUACCUUUCUCACAACACAGCGGUGUUAACGGAAGAUGGCUUCUGGGCUAGAAAACUAUGUUAAUCAAACAGUGUCGGUGAUAACUGCUGAUGGGCGCAAUUUCAUCGGAACGUUGAAGGGAUUUGACCAAACAAUUAAUAUAAUUCUAGAUGAGUCACAUGAAAGAGUGUUUUCAUCAUCUACAGGCAUUGCUCAGGUGGUACUUGGACUUCACAUAAUUCGAGGAGACAAUAUUGCUGUGGUUGGGCAGAUAGACGAAUCUAUCGACAGCAGACUCGAUUUAGGCAACAUCAAAGCUGAACCUUUAGGACCAAUAGUGCAUUAAUCUAUUUUAGGUUUCAUUAUUAAAGUUAAAUUAUAAUUAACUUGCAUUUUCCUUUCAUUUACUUUCUAUGUUAUUUUAGUAGUGUUCCAUAAAAAAAAGGGUUAU